GUACAAUUCACUUCCUCUUGUUUCGUGUCGUGGUUAAUCUCAGUGCUUAUGGUCUAUGAUACUCGACGCGUACGGACUAUACAUACCAAGUCGCCGCCAUUAAUUUUGGCUCGGCUGCGCCAGUGAAAACAUGUCUUUUUCUGGGAUAGUGGGAGGAGUCUCCCGCAUGAAUCUGGAAGGGAGCCGCAACGCUUCUCGAAAGAUUCUGGUUGCCGUAGACUUUGGAACGACAUACUCCGCAGUCGCAUGGGUUCAGACAAAAAAGGAAAGUUGACCGGGAAUGGGAACACAAUAAUUCACUUCGUGGCUAAUGUGGAUUCCACUGAGACAGCCUUGACCGGCGGCCACCAAUCCAGAAUGAACCUAAUCGACGAAUGGCCUGAUCAAGUCAACACGGAAUUGAAGGUACCAACCACGCUGAACUAUGAAAACGGCAACAUAAGAUGGGGAUUCGAACUCGAUGCUGUGGAAAAGAAGUACGAGUGGUUCAAGCUUGAGCAGAACCCCAAUAUCUCCAAGCAUGAACUAACACGAAGUUAUCCCAAAACCACUAUCCCUCCUCGUGAUGCCGCUCACGUGGAGAAGCUGAUUACGGACUAUCUGAGCCUUCUGAGAAAACACGUUGAAGCCCGCAUCAAGGCCACUUUUGAUGGACUGGAAGCCUUGUUCAGAGAUAUUUCAUGGGAGUACAUUAUCACAGUACCUGCUUUGUGGCCAGAGAUAGCGCAGAACACCACUCUGAAGUGCGCCGGCGGCGCCGGUAUGGCGUCAUCCUGUGAUGUACGCAUCAUCACGGAGCCAGAAGCGGCUGGGAUCUACGCCUUGGACACUAUGAGUCGUGAGAUUAACCUUGCGGUGGACGAUACCUUCGUUAUCUGCGAUGCGGGUGGAGGCACCGUGGACUUGAUAUCAUACACCAUCACAGCGCUGGGCAAGACUCCACAGCUGGCGGAGUCAGCGCCAGGGAACGGUGGCUUAUGUGGCUCAACCUUCCUGGAUCGGGAGUUCGACGAAUGGUUGCGCAAUAGGUUUUUGGGAUUCGGCUGUCAGGUGCAAAUAAGCCACAGUGGCUUGGCCUGGACAGGGGUCGGAAAUGUAUAACUAGGCUGCUGUGACCCUCUUCUUUUAGAGAGGGCAGCGAUUAACUUGUCGUUAUUGAGUCCCCUAUACUACGCUAUUGGUACCUACCUGGUGACUGGCAGCUUGUUUCGCUUGAGCACUCUCGUCCUUCACUUUGCACUUGAAAUCCCGUGACA